AUGGGACAAGAAUUUGGUGGUGCAAGAGCCAGGGCCCAGUCGAUCGUCUCGAGACAGGUCUCAUUCGACGAAGGACUGCAGUCGAAACUCAGCGUUGGCAUUUAUGCCGCACGUUCACUGGAUGGGUUUGGAGUCACCGUGGACAUGGGCCAUCCGUUUUGCAAACUUUCCAGUUCCAUGGGUUUGAUAUGCGUCGAGGCUCACAGGGCGCCACUUGUCACUAUUCGCUGUCGACAGAAACCUAUGCUAUUUUCAUCCAGCAAGGCGAAAGAGCAGUCGCCUCCCAACUUUCAAACUAGGCGUGGGGGAUGA